GACCAAUGUUACGUUUUGCAUAUAUGAAAACGUCUUAAGAUAAUGUUCUGAAGCGUACGAAUACAAAAACGUCUUCAAAAACGAAAAAGACCAAGUGAACAUUCUGGAACCACUCAAUGAGGAUGAGAGAAGUAUUAAAGCCUUUACCUGAUGACAACAUUCUGAUUGUGACAUGUGGAAGUUUGAUUGGAAACCUCCACCGAGAUAGGUUCUUCUGUCCAGGUAUUCACCGUGAAUGCAUUGAGGUCAAUGGCACUUUUAUCACCCCUAAGCGAUUUUCAGUUAUGGGAGAAAAGGCAAGACUAAAAGAUUGGAAAAACGCUGUGCGGCUCAAUGGUUUUCAGUUGAGAAAGUACAUUGACUCUGGUAUCCUGAAAUUCAGCAAUCAUGAUAGCAUGUGUACAGGACGUUGUGUUGCGAGGGCACCGGGGGCCAGGUCAGGACCAGCAGCCGACAGCCUGUUGCCUUCAGACUCCAAGUCCAGUGCAACUCGUCCCCUGGGAAUGUUCACCACAUUAUCAGGAAACAACAUAAUGAAGAUUGAAAAAGUCCCUUCUGAUUUAUCUUGGUCAUACGAAAAUGGGGAGGAGGAGGAAGAUGUGAAGCCUGAUGUCAAUCAGCUCCAGUUUCAGAUGCUUCAGGCUCAGAAUAUGGCCGCCAGCAAGGCCAGUACAUAUGUGCGGUCAAGUCCUACGUCUAGGGUGGCCAAGAAGCUGGCACCACAAAUUUAUCCAACACUCAUUACACCUGUUCCCAUGGUGGCACCAGAUGAGGGACCAGAGGAUAUCACCGAGGAAGAUUGUGAAGACCGUCUACUCUGGAAAGGAAUUGUGGAACUUGGUCUUGUUGAUGAAUUCUUCAGAGAAAUCAAGGCAUCUCUAGAUGCACUGAAGAAUGGAAUGAUCAAACGACGUGUGCCUUUAGCAGACUCAAGAAAGAUCUCUGUGAUCGUAAAGCAGCUAGGCCUAAUGCAGAAGCUCAAAUACAAGCUGGAGGCCCACCAAACAGACAUGGAGAGGCAGAGGCUGAAACUGGACCGUGAUAUGGAAGAAUUACAGAGGAAGGUGCGUGAAUUUGAAGCAAAGAAAGCACUUCUAAAGAGGAAGUCUGAGUGCUUUGAGCAGCUACUAGAUAUCACAGCUCCAAAGACAGAGUCAGUGUGGGGGGAAGAGGAAGGAUCUCCGUCUGGAUACAAAAGAGUGAACAUGAACCAGAUUGAAAACGAAGCAGGGCAACUUGUGGUGUUUCCCCAGCAAAUGUCCUCUGUGCAGAACAUUGACAGCUCUGAAAUGUCUGCAAAUUCUGUCUCGGCAGAGGAUUCCGUUCCUGAUGACAGAGGUCACUAUGUAGUCAACCUGGCAAAUAACGAGUCAGCUUCAUCAACCAAUAGUUAUCCUGAAGAUCUGUCUAAGUCUGCCUCGCAACACCAGUUAACUGGUAAUACUGAGGUAGACAUGAGUUACAUUAUUACUCCAGCAGAGGAUCUGUCAGUGCCGACUGUUUUAAGUGACUGUACAGAGGAACAAGAGAUGAAUGGAGAAAGCAAGAAGCAUUCAAAUGAUAAUUCCAUUGACUUGCAAGGGGAUGAUGAUUCAUUUGCAGAGGCCAAAUACACAGGUAUUAAGAUCAAAGUACGCAGGGGCCGAAAACGCAAACCGAGGGAGAUUCCAAGGGUUGAUCCAGAAGAAGAAUUUGUUAUAAAGAUGGAAGAAGCCAUGGAUGAAGAAGGAGAAUCAGGUCUGAAUUAUGCAACAGGGUCAAACGAUUCUCCUUGUGAUUAUGCAAGUGGACGUGACACUGAUACAGUGAACAAUGGGGGUGGACGUGACACUGAUACAGUGAACAAUGGGGGUGGACGUGACACUGAUACAGGGUUACAGGAAGGACAGGAAAUCCCGCUUCAGCAGACAGCAGAUCACACAAUCUCCGAAUCGCAAGGGGAGGGGGAUGAUUUGACAAUUGGGACCAGUGCCACACAAGACUGUGAACAAAUUACCCAAAGUCCAUGCAAGCUCAGUUUUGAUUUCACCGGUGCCAAAGUCAAUCGUAGAGGAAGAAAGAGGAAAUCCAGAGAGAUGACACGGGAGGAAGAUUCUAGCCCGUCAUCAUUACCACUAUAGGUUCAUAUGUAGUGAAAGUUGUCUAAUCUGACUACCUGUUGAACAUUUUGCCAGAUUAGACAAAGUGUCAGAAUACACAGGUAUAAUGGGUAGUUCUUAUCAGAAAUGGGAUUACUGCCAUAUGUUCAAUUAGACAGGAUUUGGAGUUGAAAUGUUUUAAUGAUUUUUGACAAUACCUGUAUAAUAUUAAAUCACUGUUGAAACAUGACAGUUGAGUCUCAUGACAAAGUUUUCAGGACUAGGUGUUAUACAAUGGCUAGUUGUGACAAUUGCAAAUCAGAUAGGAUGUUUCCGAACUACAUUCAAAGUAUCAGUGAGUUAUAUCUUAAUCAUGUAAUGAUUUCAGUCUUAACAACAUUCAGUGUGCUUACAAAGCUGAAGGAAACGGUACUUUUUUGCUGAUAGUUUGUCUUUGUAAAACAACAUAAUUUGUUUUCACUUGAGAUCGUAUAAUUUUAUCUUCAGCAUGACUUCCAAUUCCCGAAUUGCUAUGCUUUCUUACUGUUUCUGUUUUUUAAUACCGGGUAGUUACUGUACCCCAACACAAAAUAAUUGUGCAACUAAAUUUUAUGUGUUAUAUACCCCUGGUAAUGAUGGGAUAUUUUUCUUUUUGAAAGAUUAAAUAAACAUAAGAAAAAAUGAUAAUUACUAAAAAGGAAUUACCCAUAGUGAAAGUAUGAUGACUAACUACCAUAUGAGGCAUUUUGGGUAAAAAAAUGUUAUUCAUUUGAAUUAGAAUUGGAUUGAUUCAUGAUCAACUCAGGUGCUUGAAAUGAACGCUGCUGAUGAAUAACAUUAACAUUAACAAAUCUGCAUUUCGAGCUAUUUUGUUACUGAUUUUAUAUAUUUUAUGCUCUUAGAUCAUUGUCCUUAAAGACUUUUUUUACUUCUUUAGCACUAAGGCUUUUUUAUCAUCUUUAGAUAAUAAAAAAACAACCUGUUUGCCAAAAAAUUGCUCUUUCUAUAAACUUUAUAUAAGCAUUUAAUAAGAAUUAACAACUUUCAAUGGGUGUAAUAUUUUAUGAUACACUGAAGCUGCUAUGCAGUAUGAUAACAUUGUCACAAUUUCAAUAUAUAAAAUGUAGUACAUGUGUUAUCAAUUUGGAUGUCACAAGGAACGAUGCUGUAGCAUCAUAGAUACAUGGCAAAGACAAAACUGAGUUCUCCUAUCUUAAAAUUAAAAAUGGGUUCUAAUGUCCAAGUCACUGUUUCUAAAAAAAGGAAAAUGAAGGAUUUACUUUAUGAUUAUUGUAUUGUUCUUUCUGACCUUCCAGUGUUAAUGUUUGUGGUAAUUAGAUGUUAUCAUACAGUGUGUCAUUUCCAUGUCAUACUCGGUAUCAAUUUCAGCCCACCAUAUAAGUCAGAUGGGGUUAGAUUUAGACUUUUGGAUUCUGUUUUAUAAUGGUAAACCAAUAAUUCUGAAAUCCAAAAUGAUCACUGGCUUUUGUUUGGGGAUUAGUAAUAUGGAUGGUAGAUACGGUAAGACAAAAACCAGGGUUCUUACUUGUCAUUGGUCUAUUUGUACAUGUGUUGGGUGUGCAUACAAAGAAUUGCAAAUUUGACCCUUUUCUAUUUGAUUUUUAUGAAACUCAAUCAUUUCAUAAAAAUCUAAUGUGUAAUAGGAACUGUUAUCAUGUCAUAAUGCAUAGUAUAGGUGUUUUUUAAAAGAGAAAGUCACAGGGUUAUUGAUAAAAAAUUAAGUGAAUGGAAUUUAUUACCUCAUAUCUGAUAAAUGAUAACAAUUUGGGGGGAAAAUGUCCUCUGUACUAAGCCUGUCUGCUCCAUUUCUUUAAUGUUUUAUAGAACAUAAUGAAUUCUACAUAAACAAAUGUAUUGAUAAAUUGAAAUCCAGUUUUGGAAUUUGAAAUCCAUGAAUGUGUCUAGUAACAUAAAGGUUAGGAGUUGGUUAUGUCAUUGGGGUGUAAGAGAUGAGGUUUAAAGGUUAGGAGUUGGUUAUGUCAUUGGGGUGUAAGAGAUGAGGUUUAAAGGUUAGGAGUUGGUUAUGUCAUUGGGGUGUAAGAGAUGAGGUUUAAAGGUUAGGAGUUGGUUAUGUCAUUGGGGUGUAAGAGAUGAGGUUUAAAGGUUAGGAGUUGGUUAUGUCAUUGGGGUGUAAGAGAUGAGGUUUAAAGGUUAGGAGUUGGUUAUGUCAUUGGGGUGUAAGAGAUGAGGUUUAAGCUGAUAUGUCCAGCAUGCACUUAUAUUAGAUACUCGGGAACAAUGUAGUUACUUUAUAAUAGCAAAAGUAAGACUUAUCUUAAAGACUAGAACUUUGAUAAUAAUUGAUCACAUGUCUGGCAGAUACACACAAACUGACUGUCAGGUAAUUGUUGGCUCACAAGCUGUAGAUUAAUCUUCUAGUAAGAGUAACUAAUUAUAACCUUAAGAAAAACUGAUGGCCAAAUAUUUUCCAACAUCUACUUAACCUUAUUUUUUUUGGACUUUAUUAAAUCUUAAAGCAGAAAAUUUUCUCUGUGUAAAUUGUUCACAGCAAAAGUAACUAUAUACAUGGCUGGCUUCAAUAGUGGAUUUUAUAGACAGGUGGUUUCUAAGGGAGGUUUCAGUCGAGGGAUAUCUUAAUAAUAAACAUGUAUGUUUGCUAUUUACCUUUAAUGUUCACCUUGGUUCACACUCCCAGGAAUUGUUAUUUCAAUUUUCACAGUUUUUGAUAACAUGCAUCUUGAAGCAAUAAGAAUUGUUUUGAUUUCACUAAUUAUGAUAAACUUGAUAUAAGAAUUAACUCAUUGUCCUGAAGUACGUCCCUGUUUUUGGUGUGUGAGUUAAAUCUUGUUUUGAAGAGCCAUGAUGUAUUUUUGCAACUUGUGUUUGUGAUAUUGGGUUUUGAUAAUCUACCACAAUCUUAUGUAAUGUAAAGUCCAAUAGAUAUCUCUGACAUAAAGUACAAUUAGAAUGAAAGAUUAUAUGAAGAUUUCAUUUCUAGCUAGAUGGUACUGUCCCUUGUUGGCCGUUUUUGUCCAUUUGUAGUUUACACCGUGAAUCUGUGUGCAUGGUUACGGUUUAAUGUCUGUUCUGUUACAAAUUUUUUACAAAUUAAAGGAACAAGAAGUUCUUUCUUGAGUAUGAAGCAUUCACUUAUCAUGAAAUUUUAUUUGUUAUAUGAAAUAUAAUUCAUACAGGAUAUUAUAUGUUUUCAAAUGUAGAUAUGUAGAUUUUGAAUAGACACUGAAGGUAUAAUGUAAACAAAGUACAGAAUGGUUCUUAGUGAUUUUGGCAGUUUUCACAUAUUAAUUAGCUGUAACAUUCAAAUAAUCUUAAUUCUUUAUCCACUUAAUACUGUAUACAGGAAAUGUUCAACUGUAGUUUACCUUUCUCCCUAUUACUCAAGGGAGACACAAUGUCCCUUAAUUUGAAAAUCCGGUGCAAUUCAUAUGAAGUAUACGAAGUCCCUGCUAAUAGCUCAUCAACGAAUUCAAACAGAGCGGGGACAACACAGCAGAAUCCAGCUUAUAGAUGAUAAGAAAUUGUGUUGAUAUGUUUCAGCUCAAACCUAUAAGUCGAAACAUGUCAAGACCUGAAAAAAUCAUCAAAAAGUAGAUGCCGUGUUGUCCCUGCUUCGUUGGAAUUUUUUCCCCUAAUAAUUAGGCAGAGUUCAACAAAUAGUGUAACUGAUACAGACAUUGAAAAGACAUUUCCCUGGUAAAUGUUUGCUAUUUCCACUACGUUCAUACAUAGACAAGUAUAUCGGUUGCUGAGCUUUUUAGGGGGUGAAAUCAUUUAAAAUAUUUUCUCACUAGUUUUGCAGAAUUUAACAUAUAAAAACAUCACUGGUAGCACAGUGGAAAAGAUCCUUGCUUUGUAAUCAGAAGGUACCAGAAUUAUAUCUAUGUGUCAGAGGUAUUUUUGUGAAAAAAGGAUAUAACUCUCGUUAUAGUAAAUGUGUUAGCAACUCCAAGACUUAUCACGACGUCAAUAUUAUACAGUAUUACACAGAAUACUUUGUACUGUAAUAAUUCCACUGUGUUUGAAAAUAAGUCAAUAAAAAUAUCUAGUAUUUAGGUAAAAGCUGGCUAGUUUACAGUAUUACACAGAAUACUUUGUACUGUAGUAAUUCCACUGUGUUUGAAAAUAAGUCAAUAAAAAUAUCUAGUAUUUAGGUAAAAGCUGGUUAGUUUACAGUGUUUCACUUUUUUACCAAAUUUCAGUUACAUAAUUGUAGUUUUGCUAAAUUUAGAAAAUCACAGCAGAUCCCCAGCUAGAGGCAAUAUCUUAUCUUUUUUUUAAAUACAGCAAGAUGAUUUUAAAAAUUACAGUAGCAGUUUAUAUGUCUGUUCCUGAAGAAAGGUAAUUUAUAUUAACUGCAUAAUGUACACCUGCACGUUUCUAUGUAUUUCAAAUAGGAAAUAUGUAAACUAAAAUGUUUACAGGUUGUAUCAACUAUCCCAAUGUAUUCCAAUAUAUUUGCUUAAAUAUUGGAAUCAUUUUAUUUAGAUUUUGUUUUGAGUUUGAGCUUCAGGAAGCUUAUCAGUAUAACUUGAUUUUACUUUAUGACUAUAGCUAAUAGUUGUAGUUUUGGUGAUGAAGUAUUCUGUGUUAAUAAUGUCACUUAUACAUACAUUUAUAGUAUAUGCUGUUUGUUUUUGAAAUAUUGAAUGCUCACUAGAACUAACAGCAAAUCACUUCUAAAUUAUCCUUUAGUUACCAGUAAGGAUAUACAAAUGUCUAUAUAUUAUCUUAAAUAUUGUUUACUUCAUCUCCAAUCAAUUCCUACAUGUAUAUAUGUGAUCUUUGUGACUGAGUUAUUGAUUAUCAUAGUGGUCUGUACUUUUCCAAUGUGUCAUUAACCAAUCAUCAAAGUCUGAACUGCUUAUCAGCUAUGUAGUUACAGGCUGCAUAUUUUCGAACUGUUUAACUGGUUAAGGAAUAGGGUUAAUUUUUUCAACAUUUAUGAAGUCAUAACAACAUUGGGUUGCUGGACAUACUUCAUGAAUAACCUAACAUGUUUUUAUCGAGGAUUUACCCAGUAAUAAGUUGUCGUUGUCAGAGUUUUUGCAUUUACUAAACUUUCUAUUUUUCUUACUUGAAUAUUUUAAGGUGUAUCAGGAUAUUCCGUCUUUGCAUAUUGCAGAGUUAUCUUCUCUUGUGAGCAGGUAUUGAUUGUUGCGUCAUUGGUU